AUGACAACUAUUGCAGUAUCAACUAUAGAUUAUUACAUAUGUAACAUUAGGUAAUAUUAUAUAUUCAGUUUAUUUGUAUAAUAUAUUAUAUACAUAAAUAAUAACUAAUUUGUUAAUAGAAAUAUGCUAUAUUUUAAUUUCUUUUUUUUUUAGUUACAGAGAUGUAGCGAUACGAAAGGACAGAAAUUCAAUAAUGAAAAAGUAAAAUCACAGUUUUAUUUUUAUAUCUCUAUCAUUAUAUAUUUAUUUUAUAAGUUAACAAUGGUCUCAUACUUAAAAUAUAAAAGCGUAAUGAUAAGUGUUUUAAUAAGAGAUUCUAUGUAUGAUAGAAUGAAUAAUUAUCGAAUCGAUAAUUAACAGAGUUAAAAUUCAAUUCAAUAAUUUAUUUAAUUCUUUCAUUUAGUUCCUUUUAUUUACUCUUUUCAACUGAAAUAUAUUGUUCCUACAAUACAUUUCUCCAUGGAAUAAAUAUUUUUGUAUAUAGAAUAUACUAUACAUUCAUACAUAACAAUAUAUUUACAAUAUCGUUUCAAAUAUUACAAAAAUAAUUGAUGCCUUCGACUUCCCUAAGUCGAUUGCUCUAUAAUAAUGAACGAGUUAUUUUUGAAUAUGAGAAUUGAUUUUGUACAUUAAUACAAAAUCUCACGAUUGAAGUUCUACUACUAAACAUCAAUUCCAUCGGACGAGGUAUCUGAGGCCUGAUCAACGUCUUGGUUUUCUUCAUGUCUCGAUUUUAGAUGUCUUUCAAGAUCCCUCUUUCUCACAAGAAGUUUUCCACAUAAUGCACAUUUGUAAGGCGUUUCACCAUCCAUGUGUAAUCGUACAUGUUUAUUUAAAUUGCUGGGAUCUCCGAAUGGUCGCAAGCAAUAUUUGCAUUUUAAAGGUUUGUAACCGGUAUGAGUUCUGUAAAUAAAGCGAAUGUAAAAUUCAGAAUUAUUUUCUAAUGUUUUUGUAAGUUCGUAUAAUUAUUAUCAAAGUGAUAUAAUAUUAUCAAAGUGAUCAAAAUAAUUUUUCAUGAAAAUUUUAUAGAUAGGAAAAGAGUGUAUCGAAGAGAAUAAAACUGGCUCGACAAGGAUCAAGUAAUAAUUACUUUAAAUUCUAGAAAAUGAUAGAAUCUAGAUAGAAGGUAACGAUAAAAUGAUAUCAAGCAAAUUCUUUGAAGAAUAUAACAAUAUAAAUUAAUUUGAAAGAAUUGCAAAUGAAAUGUUAACGUUAACGCAACGUUAG